GAGUAAGAAAGGACAAAAGUGAAAUCUGGAGAAUGAGUGAGAGUUUCUCCCUGAUGUAUAGCAGAAGAGUUUUGCAUCGGGUCCCUGAAAGAUGAACUUUUAAUUAAAAGGAAUCACCAAAGAGGAGCUUUUAAUUAAAAAGACCUGCCAAAAUGUAACCGAAUAUCGGUGUUUCGCAAGUGUGUGAGAAUCCCUGGUGUGACUGGAGACAUGCAUGUGUGCUUCACGUUGCUGGGCUCAUCAAGGCAUACAGGGCCUUGGUGGAGGCUGAAGAUUGCUGCUGCUCCUCGACCUGACACCCUGGAAAUGAGAGAUCCAGGAGCACAGAUCAGUAAUACUGCAGUUGAAUGAACAGCAUGGCCACAGCCAGCCACCAGCACAGCUCCAAAACUACAGUGAAGACAUGCAGGCCAGUAAAGCAGCAACUUGUGAUACUAUCUUUGGUAUGACGCCAUUCUGGCGUAUGUGCCAUACAUGCUCCAGCUGGUAUUUUCUGGUGUGUCAGAUAGCCGAGCAUGGAUGCCGUCUGUGGGCUUAACCGAUGCAUUUUAAAUUGGAUGUGAAGAGUGCACCGUGAGACAGAGCCAAACACAGCCUUAGGGGCUGUGCAGUUAUUUGAACCAGUAUAUAGUUUGGUGCAAAGUUGGUUGUGGAUGAAGCCGUUUAGGUUCAGUUCAUGCUAGUCAACUCGAAGUAGUUCAGGGCUUUGAAACCAGUUUAAAUGCUUCACGUUGAGACAUAAAGUAUUUGAAGGAUUGGAAUCUGACAUGGCACACAGAAAAUCCAGACUUCACCCAGUGCUUUCAGAACACAGUCCUGAUCUGGAUUCCUUGUAUUUAUCUGUGGGUCUGCUUCCCAGUGUACUUCCUAUACCUUCGUUAUCAUGACAGGGGAUACAUACAAAUGUCAAACCUCAACAAAGCCAAAACGGCUUUGGGCUUAAUACUGUGGAUAGUCUGCUGGGCAGACCUUUUCUACUCUUUCUGGGAAAGAAGUCAAAGUACUUUUCGAGCUCCAUUUUUUCUUGUUGGGCCAACACUAUUGGGUAUAACAAUGUUGCUUGCCACAUUUUUGAUACAGUAUGAGAGACUAAAAGGAGUCCAGUCUUCAGGUGUCAUGAUGAUUUUCUGGCUCAUCUCAUUGACAUGUGCCGCAGUGGUUUUUAGAUCCAAAAUAAAACAUGCCUUAAAUAUGGGUGCUGAAGUGGAUUCAUUUCGUUAUGCCACCUUCUGCAUCUACUUUAUCUUGUUACUUGUACAGCUCAUCCUGUGUUGUUUUCCGGAACGACCGCCUUUGUUUUCUGAAACAGUAAAUGAUCCUAAUCCAUGUCCAGAGUUCAGUGCUUCUUUCCUCUCCAGAAUCACUUUCUGGUGGAUCACUGGGUUGAUGGUUCAGGGUUAUCGGAGACCUUUGGAAGCCAAGGAUUUGUGGUCAUUAAACAAAGAGGACAAGUCAGAGGAGAUUGUGCCAGGUUUGGCUAGAAACUGGGCAAAAGAGUGGGCAAAGACCAAGAGGCAACCAUUAAACAUGGUAUACUCACCCAAAAAGCAACAAAAACCAAGCGACUCAAAUGGUGACGUGACAGAAGAGGCCGAGGCUUUGAUCAUAAAACCAUCUCAGAAGAGCUCUGAAGCAUCUUUAUUCAAGGUGUUAUAUAAGACCUUUGGACCAUAUUUUCUCAUGAGCUUCCUGUUUAAAGCUGCACAUGAUCUCUUGAUGUUUGCAGGCCCAGAAAUUCUGAAAUUGCUGAUCCACUUUGUAAACAACAAGACAGCCCCAAACUGGCAAGGCUACUUUUACACAGGGCUGCUGUUUGUUUGUGCCUGUCUUCAGACACUGAUUCUUCACCAGUAUUUUCAUAUUUGCUUUGUAACUGGAAUGAGGCUCAAAACAGCUAUUGUUGGUGUAAUUUAUCGAAAGGCACUUGUUAUUACAAAUUCUGCUAGGAAGACUUCUACUGUGGGUGAGAUUGUGAAUCUAAUGUCUGUGGAUGCCCAGAGAUUCAUGGACUUGGCUACCUAUAUAAACAUGAUUUGGUCUGCACCUUUCCAAGUGAUAUUAGCACUGUACUUACUGUGGCAGAAUUUAGGUCCUUCAGUGCUGGCGGGUGUGGCUGUCAUGAUUCUUCUGGUUCCUAUAAACGCUGUGAUGGCAAUGAAGACAAAAACCUAUCAGGUGGCUCAAAUGAAGAGCAAAGACAACAGAAUUAAGCUGAUGAAUGAAAUUCUCAAUGGGAUUAAAGUUCUGAAACUUUAUGCUUGGGAAUUAGCCUUCAGAGAGAAGGUAUUAGAGAUCAGACAGAAAGAACUCAAAGUCCUAAAAAAAUCUGCUUACCUUGCUGCAAUGGCAACCUUCACUUGGGUUUGUGCUCCUUUUCUGGUUGCUUUGUCCACGUUUGCUGUGUAUGUCACAAUAGACAAGAACAACAUCUUGGAUGCUCAGAAGGCAUUUGUCUCCCUAGCCUUAUUCAACAUCCUCAGAUUUCCAUUGAACAUGCUUCCUAUGGUUAUCAGCAGCAUAGUAGAAGCCAGUGUCUCCUUGAAGCGCCUUAGGGUGUUCCUGUCUCAUGAAGAGUUAGAUCCAGACAGCAUAAUCAGGAGUCCCAUCACAGCAGGUGAAGGAUGCAUUGUUGUAAAGAAUGCAACAUUUAGCUGGUCCAAAAAUGAUCCUCCUUUACUGAACAGCAUUAAUUUCACUGUUCCCGAAGGCUCCUUGGUAGCUGUUGUCGGUCAAGUUGGCUGUGGAAAGUCUUCACUGCUGUCUGCAUUACUGGGGGAGAUGGACAAAAAGGAAGGCUACGUGGUUGUCAAGGGCUCAGUAGCCUAUGUUCCUCAGCAAGCCUGGGUCCAAAAUGCAACUCUGCAAGAUAACAUUAUCUUUGGAAGGGAGAUGAAUGAGAGCAGGUACAAGCGUGUGAUUGAGGCCUGUGCACUGCUGCCUGAUAUAGAGAUUCUUCCUGCAGGAGACAAAACAGAAAUAGGAGAAAAGGGUGUGAAUAUGUCUGGAGGACAGAAGCAGCGAGUCAGUCUUGCUCGGGCAGUUUACUGUAAUGCAGAUGUUUUUUUAUUUGAUGAUCCUUUAUCAGCUGUUGACGCUCAUGUUGGGAAACAUAUUUUUGAAAAUGUUAUUGGACCGAAGGGAAUCCUGAAAAAUAAAACCCGGGUUUUGGUAACCCAUGCGAUUAAUUACCUGCCUCAAAUGGAUACAAUUCUGGUAAUGUCUGAUGGAGAAAUCUCUGAGAUGGGCUCCUAUCAGGAGCUGCUGAAGCAAGAUGGGGCUUUUGCUGAGUUUCUUCGUACAUAUGCUAAUACUGAACAAAGCAUGGAGAACAGUGAUACAAACAGUCCAUCUGGAAAGGAAGGAAAGCCUGUAGAAAAUGGAAUACUUGUAAAUGAAGCCUCUGGAAAGUUGAUGCACAGGCAACUCAGUAACUCUUCAACAUACAGCCGGGACACUGGGAAGUUACAGCAGCACAGCAGCACAGCAGAGCUGCAGAAGCCACAGGCUGAAAAGAAUUCCUGGAAACUGACGGAGGCUGACACAGCGAAGACAGGGAGGGUAAAGGCAACAGUGUACUGGGACUACAUGAAAGCAAUUGGACUCUUUAUCUCUUUCUUGAGCAUUUUUCUCUUCAUGUGUAAUCAUAUAGCAUCCCUGGCUUCCAACUACUGGCUAAGUUUAUGGACAGAUGAUCCUGUUAUCAAUGGGACACAGCAGUACACAAAUGUCAGACUGGGAGUGUAUGGAGCACUGGGAAUUUCUCAAGGUAUCGCUGUGUUUGGCUACUCCAUGGUUGUGUCAAUAGGGGGAAUAUUUGCUUCACGACACCUGCACCUUAACCUGCUGCACAGCGUCCUCAGGUCUCCAAUGAGUUUCUUUGAACGUACACCCAGUGGAAAUCUGGUGAACCGUUUCUCUAAGGAGAUAGAUACCAUUGACUCCACCAUUCCACCAAUCAUCAAGAUGUUCAUGGGCUCAACAUUUAAUGUAAUUGGGGCUUGUAUCAUCAUUCUGCUGGCCACACCUAUAGCUGCUGUCAUUAUUCCACCUCUGGGACUUGUCUACUUGUUUGUGCAGAGAUUUUAUGUGGCCACCUCUCGCCAGCUCAAACGUCUUGAGUCCGUCAGUCGUUCUCCUGUGUAUUCUCACUUCAAUGAGACCCUCCUGGGAGUCAGUGUCAUUCGAGCCUUUGAGGAGCAGAAACGUUUUAUAAAGCAGAAUGACAUGAAAGUGGAUGAAAAUCAGAAAGCUUAUUAUCCAAGCAUUGUUGCAAACAGGUGGCUGGCUGUCCGUCUGGAGUGUGUGGGGAACUGUAUUGUCCUCUUUGCAGCAUUGUUUGCCGUGAUGGCACGCAACAAACUCAGUGCAGGACUGGUUGGCCUCUCGGUGUCUUACUCACUGCAGAUUACAGCGUACUUGAACUGGUUAGUUCGCAUGUCAUCUGAGCUGGAAACCAACAUUGUAGCUGUUGAAAGGGUCAAAGAAUAUGCUGAAAUGGAGAAGGAGGCUGAAUGGAGUAUUGAGCAAACUGCCCCAGCAAGUACCUGGCCUGAGGAAGGGAAGAUUGAGUUUCGAGGCUUUGGUUUACGUUACCGGGAAGACUUGGAUUUGGUUCUGAAAAGCAUAAAUGUUACCAUAAAUGGGGGUGAGAAGAUUGGAAUAGUUGGAAGAACGGGAGCUGGAAAAUCCUCACUUACUUUAGGUUUGUUUCGGAUUAAUGAAGCAGCUGAAGGAGAAAUUAUUAUUGAUGGAGUUAAUAUUGCAAAGAUAGGGCUCCAUGACUUGCGGUUCAAGAUCACCAUCAUCCCUCAGGAUCCAGUAUUGUUUUCUGGCUCUCUGCGUAUGAAUCUUGAUCCUUUCGACCAACACUCUGAUGAGGACAUUUGGAGGUCUUUGGAAUUGGCUCACCUGAAAAACUUUGUAUCAUCCCUUCCUGCUAAACUUAAUCAUGAUUGUGCUGAAGGCGGCGAGAACCUCAGUGUGGGACAGCGCCAGCUGGUGUGUCUGGCACGAGCUCUGCUCAGGAAGUCCAAAAUCCUGGUUCUAGAUGAAGCCACAGCAGCUGUUGAUCUUGAAACAGAUAAGCUUAUACAGUCAACAAUAAAGUCUCAAUUUGAAGAAUGUACUGUAUUGACUAUAGCACAUCGUCUGAACACAAUCAUGGACUACACAAGAGUUUUAGUCCUGGACAGAGGAGAAGUGGUGGAGUGUGGUAGCCCAGAACAUCUCCUUCAGCAAAAAGGCAUUUUCUAUAGCAUGGCCAAAGAUUCAGGAUUGGUGUAGCAUUUGGACUUGGUUAGUUCCUGUGAGGAAGAGGGAGGUGAUACAUUCAGAACACAGUAACUUCCCCUGAGCUGGUGUGAACCACACAGAGCAGUUUCAGACCUAGUGAAGUCAGCCACGGCAUGGUGAUGGAAGUCAUAGGAAAAUGCAAUUUUUUUCUUUUCUGUUUUUGUUUCCUUCUCCUUAGUACUGAGUUUGAGCCGGCUUUAGGAGGUGCACGUGCACUGUGCAAAACACUUUAGAGACUUUUCAUUUUUGCCUGAAAUCUGUCAGUGUACGCUGAAAUGUCAGGUGGAGUGAUUCAUCAGAGAAGUGCAGAAAGCUUUUUCUUUUCAUCUGCUCUUACACUCUGAAGUUCCCCUCCCUUUUUAAGAACCCCAACCCAACAAACCACACCAGUUGUGGAAACGCUAGUGAUUUGCUUGUUUGCUGAUUCCUCAUCUGAGGAGCCAUCUCUUGUGGGAUGCACUUGGAACAUUUUGUGGCAUAGAGUACAAUAGUCCAAAGAUUGUUUUUUGGUUUUUUUUUUCUUCUUGUGAAAUAACGUGUGCCAGACUUUCUCAUUAUGGCAUUUACUGUACAUGGUUAAUGCUUUUAUGCAUUGUCCUAAAGGUUUCAUGUGUUUACAGUGUAUAGCAGCAAGUUCACUAUAAAAUGUCAGUAGUGCUGAUGUGAAAAAGCACAGUCAACUUCAGAGCAGUAUUCAAGCACGUGUAGAAUGACAAUCACUCCAAAACCAAAUUCAUACAGCAGUUGCUGUGUUGCAGGAUGCAAUACCUGAUCUUGCACACACUUUACUCAGGAAUUCUGGCUUGGGUGGCGAAUCCUGAUAAUGCCUGUGGGGACUAGGCUGAGAAGUGAGGAUUUGCCUGAGCAGAGGUUGCGGGCUUGGAGUCACAUUGAUUGUAACACCCUUGGCUUUGGCAGCGCUGUGCUUUAAUAGAAGCUCUGCCACAUCAAGGACCAUUAGCCUUAUAGCGAAGAAACCUGCCCUUCAUGCUGCUGCUGUUGACUCUUCAGUUUUGUGAGAAGCUGUUCUGUUACAGUUGUUUAAAAAACAAAAAAGCUUUCUGUUCUCAGUUGUGUGUCAGAGGGGUCUGACAGUUCAGUUGCAGAGUCUGGGUUUCAAGAUCUGUAUUGAAUGUUUCCUUUUCUGUGGGAGGAAAAAGUUAAUUUUCUUAUGUUCUGAUUAGUCUUAUUUUAAGAGGAAAAUGCUGGAAGAAGGCAAAUUUAAGCCAGAUGGACUCAAAUACUCAGCACUCUGAGAACGUGGACUUCUGUGAAUGAUAUUGCUGACCUUAAUACUAGAAAAUUGUCUUCUUUAAAGAUAUUUAUUUUUUUGUAAAUUAAGACUCUGAAAUUGAGUAGACUGAAAUUUUCUUUGGUAUUUUUUGUAAUGACAAUACAAAUAUUUGCAAAGAAGGUGCAGUAAAAAAUUGUUUGGAAGAUAA